CUCAAAGAUCAGGCGGAAAUUAAGUGGUUCCAGUUUGGAAAGCUGAAUAGCUUUAGUUUGUCGGUUGCUAUGGAAACAAGUGCAACUUAUGACGCCAGUUACGUUAAGUUUGUCAUCGCAGUUAGCGCUUAUACUUUUAAUUGGCUAUUAACCCAAAAAAGUGGAGACAGUUUAAAUUGUGGAUCACGUUGGCGGCCAUGGAUCGUUAUGUGGACAACCUACUGGAAGACGAAGCUGAGAGGGAGAGUCUGAUCGCUAAACCCACCUGCUUCCUCAUAGUUGGACGACCGGGAGUGGGCAAAUCCACCUUGGCCAGAAAAGUCGCAGAGACCUGGGGGUGUAUUUUAAUUGAUGAUUCAGAUCUGCUCAACAGACACCUAAACAAUAAAACCAAACAAGGCGCAGAGAUCUUAGAGAUCUUAUCUGAGGGGAAGACUCUGCCAGAGGACAUGGUGCUGCAGCUUAUUCUUGACAGGCUUAACGCCCCAGAUGUGGAACACUACGGGUACGUGCUGAGCUGUCUGCCGUUCAUGUCGGAAGAAUGCCUGAAGAUUCGAGAGCAGAUUGAGCUAAUAAAAAACUUUAGGCUAACACCUGAUUUCAUCAUUAAUAUUAAGUGCGCAGACGAGGAUUUGACCCAGAGGCUGUCUGGUCUGAGGCAGAGCUCAGAGACGGGGGAGCUGUUCAACAGAGAUCUGGUAAAUCGGGAGCAGAUUCUCGACAUAAAGGGGGAGAACGCCGAUGAGGAGGUGGAGCUUGACGAGGAACAGCCUCCUGAAGAGGAGCUUCCUGACCAGACGGUGUGGACGCCAGAGAAUUUGUCCAGCAACGCUUUGCUCAGAAUCAACAUGUACAGAGACACCAUGCUCAGACCCCUGGAAGACUACAUGACAGAACACAACCCUCUGUACCUUCUGGAGCUAGAUGGAAACAACACACCUGAUGAGCUGCUCUUGUCUGUGAUGUCCCGUCUCGGAUCCAUGGCAAUAAAACGGGUCUCCAUUCCCAUCCUCCUUCACCAAGCUGACGAUGAAGAACUGCCUGAAGACAUUGACUCGGAGGAACUAGUGAGAAUGAUGUGCUCCACCAGGGUGGUGGCCCCAGGCUUCAGAUGGAGAAGGAGCCGCUGGGGCCAAACCUGUCCUGUUGCUCUGAAGGAAGGCAGGGUCAUUCAGGGCCAGCCUAGAUUUUGUGUGGGCUUCCAGGAUAAACUCUACUUCCUUUCAUCGCAAGAGGCCUACCAGAAAUUCGUGACGAACCCCAGACGCUACCUGCUCCCUCCAAUGCCAAGGCCGCCAUGCAGGGUUUCCAUUAUAGGGCCUCCUCAGGCAGGAAAGAGUACUCUGUGCAAGCUUCUGGCUCAGCACUACAACGCAGUGGUGCUGGACAUGGAGGAACUGGUGAAGCCCGUUCUGGCCACGUUUCAACCGGAGAGGCUUGAGCAAAUCAAAGUGGAGACAACACAGGUGGCUAUUGAGAAAAUCAGGAUGGAGUCGAUUGGGAGACAGAACCCAGAUGUAUCCAGCGGCGUAGAAGAGGACCACCCACAGGUGAAAGCCAUGGUGCUCAGUGCCCUGGACGAAGCCAAACAACAGAGCACAUGUCCCCUCAGCUUGUACAUAGAGGCACUGGAGAACCAUAUAAAACAGACUGAAAAGACGGACGCUGAUGAGAAAGGCAGGCCUGGCUGGGUGCUCGACAACUUUCCCAUCAACUUCUCGCAAAUGGACGCGUUGAACCAAGCGGAUGCCUUACCGGACAUCCUCUUCUGCCUCAGCGACAGUAAUGGAAAUCAAGUUUUAAAGAGACUGUAUGAGCGGAACAGGGAGAGUGUGGAUGACGCAGUGAGGAAGAGGCUCCAGGAGGAGCAGUAUGAGAUGGAGAAGCAGGCCUUUAACCAAAACGUGGAGGAUUCAGAGACGCACUCAAAUCUGGACACAGUUGUGGAAGAGGCCGAGGUGAAAAACUCUGAGCAACCUGAUGUCACUGCCGCUGCACAUCUGAACACAUCUGAAAAGGAAGCUGUGUUUUUACCUGAUGUUUGGAAGCUGGGUUAUCCAGACGGCCCGGAAAUGAAUCAUUACAGGCUGCAACUGCAUCAGUUCAUAUCUGAAUGGCAGCAAAUGCAGCCGGCUCUAACUAUCAAACACUCAGUGAUGGAGAUUGGAGGAAAAGCACCUGAAGACCUGCUUCAAGACAUUGUCUGUGAGAUGGAGAAAGCGUUUCAGUACGUGUCCUGGGAGCUGUCAUCUGUGGACUUGGACGAGGAGGCAGAGGAUUUUGAGGCCUUGGCAGGGCUUGAGAGAGCUGAGGACGGCGGCGGUGAGAACGAUGCAGACGAGGAGGAGAAUGAAGGCGACGACAGACCCAGGAGAGUGUUGGGCGAUACCUGUCAUUUCUGCCCCGUUGUCCUGAAAACACAUAAUGCCCUGUGGCCCUGUACCGACACAGUCGCAGCCACGUAUCGAGACAAGACCUUCUAUUUCUCCAGCUUGGACGCCAGAGACGCCUUCAUUCAAAACCCAGCACAGUUUGUGGCACAGAGUGAGCCUCUCAAGCCUCCUGCGCUGCGUAUUCUACUGCUCGGCCCUCGCGGGUCAGGCAAAACCACCCACGGCGAGUGGCUGGCGAAGCAGCUUGGCCUCUUCCACAUUCAGCUCAGGGAGCAGCUCCAAAUGCUCAUCAUGGCCAGGACAAGGAGGAGGGUGCCUUAUGCUGACGAGGCCCCAGACGAGGAGCACGACGACUUGGAGGCACUCAUUCAAGAAGCCAUGGGGAACGGGGAAGAAACAGAGGCUGCUUCGAACAAAGAAGUGGAGCUAAGUGAUGAAGAAAUGGCCAUUACUGCCUACCUGUCUGAUGGAGAACCCCUGAGUCCAGAGAUCCUGAGAAAACAUGUUGCUCCAUACUGGUUUCAGGAGCCCUUCAUGUCCACGGGUUUUAUUCUGGAGGGCUUCCCACACCAUCCUGAUGAGGUGCACUACAUGUUGCAGCAGCGGCUUCUCCCUGACGUUUUCAUAGUCCUAGAAGUGGACGUCACGGACGUUCACAAGCGCCUCCUGCCGAAAUACCUGCAGAAGUGGCAUGAGCGCCGCAGCCACCAUAAGGCACAGCUGGACCUCCUUCAAGAUCUACGAAGGAAGAACAGGGAAAAAAACAUUCUUAAGAGAAAAGCUGAACUCUUAGCAGAAAGAAACGCUACAACCAAGACCAAGCAUGAAGAUGAAGAAGACGCCAAAGAGGAUGAGGACGCUGACGACGCAGACGGUGACAUCGAGGCCAUGCUGGAGCAGGAGUUUUCCCUAGAAGAGGAGAAGGAAGACGUUGAGAAGGAGGAGACGGAGGACGCGGCGACAGACAGGCUGGAGAUGGAGAUAGGGGACCGCUUUGUGACCGAUGAGAGCAACCUCGGAGCGCUGACGGACCUCCUGACGGAGCAAGACGUCCCCAAGGUGUCGAUCAAUGCGUCGCGCAAGCCGCGGAUCGCUCGCUACCAGCUGCUGCGGAAAAUCCAGCCUCUGCUGAGCAACCGGGCGUCGCUCUUCCAGAGGUGCCAGCCUGUCCCCUGCGGCCUGGCGCGGAAGCUGCUGGCCUCCUCCUUCAAGCUCCACGGUGCGUUUGGCUGCUGGGAUCCUGUGAAGCAAUAUGAGGAGCCAGACCUAAUCCAGCCUCUGCAGUGGCCUCUUAAUACGACAUUCCCCCUGAUAUUCCAUCAGUACGUCUACUUUUUCGCAUCCAAGGAGAAUCGCAACACAUUCCAGCUCAAUCCCUUGAAGUACCUGAAGCAGCCCAGGCCGAGCCCACCUCUCCCUGUUAAAAUAGCCAUCAUUGGCCCGCCUAAAUCUGGGAAGACCACCAUUGCACAGAUGUUCGCUCAGAAAUAUGGCCUGGAGCGCCUUUCCAUCGGCAGGGCGGUGCGUACGGUGCUUAACACCCGUGAGCGCACCCAUCUGGUCGCACAGGUCAAAGGGCAUCUGGCCCAGGGCCUGCUUCUGCCUGACGAGAUGGCCCUUCGGUGUUUGGAGGUGGCCAUCAUGAGCUCCACCUGCAGCACCAAAGGAUAUGUGCUCGAUGGCUUUCCAAUGACACUAAAGCAGGCACAGAUGAUGGGCGCUCUGAGCAUCAUCCCCAUGAUAGUAGUGGAGCUGGAGCUUGACACAGUUGAGGUGCUGAAAAGGGGUCUAGUGGACAAGAUGAAUCCCAACAAGCUUCACGUGAUGCACGACAGCUCUGAGAUCCUGCACCUUCGGAACUCGUGCUACAAGGAGGAGGCCGAGCAUGUGAGGACACACUUCCAGCAGCAAUAUCAGAACUGGAUUCUUCUCGACGGCCUAAAGUGCAAAUGGUGGCUGUGGAACAGCAUUUUAAAGGAGGUCAGCGUCAGCAUGAAAUAUAUCCACGCUUACCUGGAGGGGAUAGGAAAGAAGCAAGCAGCCUGCAUCAACAGACUGUGCAUCACGCCAAAGGAGCUGCAGGUUCGACUCGGAGAGUUCGGUCAUUAUUGUCCCGUCUGCCUGGCUCUUCAUCAGCACCUUAUGGACUCCUCAGACAUUCCAUCCUUAGCUCAUGCAGCUGAGUACAGAGGGAAAUACUAUAAGAUGUGCAGCGAAGAGCAUCUACAGACAUUUCUGGCUGAUGCUGAUAAAUUUGUGGAUCCUGGCUGCCCACACGCUCUUCCUCAGCCCCACCUGCUGCCACGAAAACUGACUGAGAUUCAGGUGAAAAACAGGUUCCCGCAGCAAGUUGAACUGAAGGGCUUUUGUCCCGUUACCUACAUGGAUGGAAAGCAAAGGUAUGAAUGUUUGGUUCGAGGACGGAUGGAAUAUGCUGUUGAAUACAGAGAACGGAUCUACGUAUGUGAGACAAAGCAGAAACAGGACAAGUUUUUGAGGGUUCCUGAAACCUACUGGGACCAGAAGCUGCCCAGAAAGGUUCCUCCUCUUUGUGAGCCUGUGCUGCUCUCAUCCCUUCCAACGUUGGGCUACCUGGAACAGGGUGUUGCAGUCUCCGUCAUUAAAGCCAUGACAGCUGUUGGGUGUCUCAAACCAAAGUACCCUUUCCUCAGUAUAGAACGAUCAACACUCCUCUAUGUGGCCUUCUACCUGAAAGCUUUUAACCACAAAAGCUCAGACUUCUCUCGCCAGAAGUACAAAAAGAAGCUGGCCUUGUUUGAAGAGAACUGUGCACUCAUCACUUAUCUCAGCUCAACAAUGAGAGGGAACUACAAGCCACCAAGUGCACGUCCCAUUGACUUCGAGUUCAAGCUAAACAGGUUCCUGGCUUUGGGAGAUGUGCCUGGAGCCAUUGGUUUGCUGUAACCUGUCAUUGUUUUCUAUGCUUUCAUGACUGAUGGCCUGUGUGAUAACGACCACAUUUAAAUACUUUAUUGCGCUGCGAUAUCUAAUAAAGUAUUUGUCGUGAAUGUUUAACUUUCUUUGCAGC